AUGGACCCACUCUCUACCUCCAACAAUCAACCUUCAAGCUCUAGUGUACUUUCCUCUCAACCUUUACCUAACCCCAAGGGUGGAAUUAAUGCCGUUACUUUGAGGUCCGAUACUACAUUACGAGAGAGGAGUCCCGAGGAGCCAAGCUCAAGAGAAGACAUUCAAGAUGAAGAUGUUGUUGAGGUAGAAGAUAUUGAAGAAGAGGAUGAGGUACAAGAUGCGGUUGAAGAAGAAGUUGCUCAACCAAGGGAUAGAGUAUCUAAGGAAGACGAUGUUGUGAAAGAGGCCAUUCCCAUUCCUUUUCCACACCUUGCUAGGAGAACUAAAAAGCAAGUGGAUCUAGACCCCAAGAUGGUGGAGAUCUUCAAAAAGGUUGAGGUAACUAUUCCCCUUUUUGAUGCUAUUCGCCAGGUUCCUAAGUAUGCUAAGUUUCUAAAAGAUUUGUGCAUGAAUAAGGAAAAGAUCCAUGAUUUAGAAACUAUUCCUUUGGGUAGCUCGAUUUCUGCUCUUACGAGUGCUAUACCGGAGAAAUGUGGUGAUCGCAGUCCUUGUAUGGUUACUUGCACUAUAGGAGGUGUACAAUUUGUUGACUACAUGUGUGAUUUAGGUGCAUGUGUUAGCAUUAUGCCAUUAUCUAUAUGUGAUGCUUUGAAGCUUCCACCGUUGAGAAGGUCAACAGCUCGUUUUGUUUUGGCAGAUAAGAGCAUAAUCUCAGUGGUUAGCAUUGUGGAAGACGUCUUGGUGAGAAUUAAGGGGUUGACUUUCCCUAUUGACUUCUACAUUCUAGAGAUGCCCCCUAAUGACUCUGGGAGACCUUCAUCUAUCUUGCUUAGGAGGCCGUUUUUGAAGACUUCUCGGUUUAAAUUGGAUGCCUUCUCAGGUACAUAUUCUGUUGAGAUUGAUGGAAGAGUAGUGAGCUUCAACCUUGAUGAAGCUAUGAAGCACCCACCGGAAGACCACUCCAUCUUCCAGUGUGACAUUAUUGAUGAGACUGUGCCUAAAGCUCACCAAGAGGCAGUUGAUGAGAAGAACAUGGCUCACGGUGCAAGUGUGGGAAAGUCCUCUGAAUAUACUGAAGACACCUUGCCACCUCCAGUGGUUCCAGAUGAUUAA